AUGGCUGAUCCUGACACAGAGCUUGUUCAGCUCGAAGAAGUGUCCAGGUUGAAGCUGAUUGUGAAGGUUGAAGAUGCUCCUCAACUGCCUAAAAAGGUGGCACUGCCACUUUCAGAGCACUUACAGGAGUUGCUUGUGGAGAAGCUGAGACAGGGUGAAAAGGUGAUCGAGUCAUCUCUUCAACCUGUGAUGGCUGAUCCCGAGACAGAGCUUGUUCAGCUAGAGGAAGUGUGUCUGCCCUCUCCUGAGCCUGUCGCAGCCUUUCAUUGGCCGAUGCUUCAGCCUAUGGAGGAGAUGGUGUCACCACCUCAGCUGCCUCAUGUGCUUAAGUCCAGGAUGAUGGUGGAGGUUGAUGAUGCUCCUCAACUGCCUGAAAAGGUGGUCUUGCCACUUUUAAAGCUUUUACAGGAGUUGCCUGUGAAAAAACUUAGGCAAGUUGGAGAGGUGACCGAGUCAUCUCCUCAACCUGUGAUUGCUGAUCUUGAGACAGAGGUUGUUCACCUCGAAGAAGUGCCAUGGUCCAGGGUGAAGCAGAUGCUCGUUCAGCUAGAGGAAGAGUGUCUGCCCUCUCCUGAGCCUGUCGCAGCCUUUCAUUGGCCGGAGCUUGAGCCUAUCGAGGAGGUGGCGCUGCUAUCACCUCAGCAUUUGCAGAGUCUGGUUAAGGAGGAGGCUGCACAGAUUGAGUAA